CCUGACUCAGCCAUGGAUUCGAGCUCCAAGCUUUCGACGUCAAUUGCAAAUCGACCUCGUCAAGCACCCAUAUUCGACUGAGGGCAUUGGUUGAUUCCCAGCAAUUGGCUUCAGCCCCCCGACUCCAACCAUGGCCAGCAAGCUCUGCAGAAGCAGGGCUUUGGCCUCGGCUUUCCGACCAACAACCUCCUCCAUUGCGGCGCCCAUGGUGCGGUGUUUUGCCAACACUGCCCGUAGCAAUGUCGCCGUUCCCAAGGACGCCCCGAACCCCCGCGAGCUUCCCCGCGACCAGAUCGGUACCCUCAAGGCCGCCCCCGUGAACCCUGCCGACAAGUAUCAGGCCAAGGCGGAUGCUAUGCACAAGUAUGGCGCCUGGCUUAUGGGCUGUCUUCCCAAAUACAUCCAGCAGUUCUCUGUGUGGAAGGACGAAUUGACCAUCUAUAUCUGCCCCUCUGGCGUCAUCCCUGUCUUCUCUUUCCUCAAGUACAACACCUCUGCCGAGUUCACCAUGGUCAGCGACAUCACCGCCGUCGACUUCCCCACCCGUGACCAGCGCUUCGAGAUCGUCUACAACCUCCUCAGCAUCCGCCACAACUCCCGCAUCCGUGUCAAGACCUACGCCGACGAGGCCUCUCCCGUUCCCAGUCUUACCCCCCUCUAUGAUGGCGCCAACUGGUAUGAGCGCGAGGUGUAUGACAUGUUUGGUGUGUUCUUCGUCAACCACCCCGAUCUCCGCCGCAUCAUGACAGAUUAUGGCUUCGAGGGUCACCCCCUGCGCAAGGACUUUCCCCUUACCGGCUACACUGAGAUUAGGUAUGACGAGGAGAAGAAGCGCAUUGUCACAGAGCCCUUGGAGCUCACGCAGGCGUUCCGCAACUUUGAGGGAGGCUCCAGUGCCUGGGAGCAGGUUGGAUCUGGCGUGGAUGUUACGCCCGAGACCUUCAAGCUGCCCACACCAAAGCCAGAGCCUCCUAAAGAGGAGAAGAAAUAGAUGGAGAUGAGGGGGAGGGGGGCUUUGUAAAUAUUUUGUGUUACCAAGGCGUUCAUACAGCAGUCUUGUUAAGAGUUCAGUGGGGUGGCAA